GGCGGGCACGGCCGGGCGCUCUGUCCGCUGUCGCUGCUGCUGCUGCUCCGCCACCGGCACCGGCGGCUCUGGGAGCGGGGCCGGGAGCGGCGCCGGGGGAGCAGGACCGGGCAUGCACAACGCCCGCCCAGACGAGCUCGGCGCCGACCGGUGGUGCCGGCGGGACGCGGGCCCGACGCCGCGGGCGCACAUGCACGGCACGCGGCAGACGCCGCACCACCCCGGCAGGGCCACGGGGCCGGCCCCCGAGCCCCGCGCCCCGCCUCGGCGGCGGACUCGGCCUGCAGCCUGGAUCCCGGAGGCGACGAGGAGGGAGGGGCGGCCCGGCCGCUCGCUCCCCCGGCCAGCGAAGCGCAGCCUGGAGUUCGACUCGGGCUACUCGGAGGCGUCGGGGAGCACGUGGAGGGAAGAGGAGGCGCCGUCGCGGCGCCGGCAUCUGCUGCCCUGCCAACGGGCGCACCGGAUCUCCGCCGGCCCCGCCGCCCCACCGCCCGCCCCCGCCCGCCGUGUGCGCCCCAAAUCCACCUCGGACGCCUGCCUGGAGCAGUGGCGGGCCCUGGAGCCCGCCGACACGCAGGACUGGACCGUAGCGCUGCUGUCGCAGAGCCACCGGCAGCCUCUGGUGCUGGGCGACAACUGCUUCGCUGACCUGGUGGAGAACUGGAUGGACCUGCCCGAGGUGGGCGCCGAACCGCGUCGCCGGGCCCCGGCCGAGCCCUCCCGCCGGCUGGCCAAGCCCCCCGCCUUCCUGCUCAGCCUCUCGGGCAACGUGCGCCGCAAGCUGGCCAGCAUGGCCCGGCCCCGGGGGACCGACGGUGCCCGGCCGGGGGGCCGCGAUGCCACCAAGCGUUUCUCCUGCCCGCUGGGGCUGGGGGGACAGCCCAAGGGCGCCUGCUUCCACCAGUCCCACAGCAACAUCGCCCAGCUAGCCACGGACUUCCACCGCUUCACCGCCUUGAUGAACAGCCGCAGCCGCCAGCCCAUCAUCUGCAACGACGUUAUCGGCUACAUUUAGCCCGGCUGCUGCGGCGGCCCGCACCCCCACCCUGUAAAUAAACCCCCGUUUUAUACAGUCUGGGCGCUGCAGCCUUUAUC